CAGACAGAGCCCACAGGCUAUUGGGGGAAGCUGUCUGCGCUCUGUUUUUUUAACUAAUUAUAAAGUAGCCCAACACUCUGAUUUUGCUAACGAGUCUCCAGCCACACACGUCCAUUUAAGGAAGCUGAGAGCUGUGGAGACUGGUAUUGCUCUCUUCUUCCUCCCCCUCUCACUCUCUUCCUCUCACACUCUCUCUGUCUCUUGCACACAUUCAAAAGUAGACGAGGCACCAGCUUAUACUUCCUCGGGCAUCUGCUGAAAGAGAACACUUGUAGGCUACUACUCUGCUUUUUCCGAAUUCAGAAUUACCCCAGAGUUUAGACCUACAAUUUCCUUCACUAUAUUUUGUUGCUCAAUAUACAUAUAUUGUAUAGUGAUAGAUACUGCGACAGCUGUGGACCAUCAUCUGUAACGCUAACACGGAGUCAUGCACUCAAUGGCACUUGUUACUAGACAUUGCUGUUUACUCCUUGCCAUAACCACAUAUCUUCUUGUGGCAAUCCGAGCAGACUGUAGCAAAGACUGCGCUUCGUGUGCUUAUCAUAUGGGACAAGGAACCGAAAUAAACUCUUUGGUUUGCACUUUGGAAUGUGAUGGGAAAUUGCCAACCGCCAAAGCCUGGGGAACCUGCAAAGAGCUUCUGCAAACUGCCAAAGAGGACAAUGCUCAAGAAGCUGAUAAAGAGCUGGACAAUGACAGUCAUCUCGUCACCAAAAAGUAUGGGGGGUUUAUGAAAAGAUAUGGUGGGUUCAUGAAAAAGAAAAUGGAUGAGUUAUAUCAUGUUGAACCAGAAGAUGAAUCUACUGGUGGAGAAAUCCCUGCUAAGAAGUAUGGAGGUUUCAUGAAGAAAGAGUUUGAUAGUGAUACAUUAGACCUCCUAAGAGAGCUUCUUGGAACUGGUGGGAAUCCUGAAAGUGGUAGCUACCAUGACAACAACAGUGAGACACCAGGAGAGAUGAACAAAAGAUAUGGGGGCUUCAUGAGAUUUUACAGAAGAAGUCCAGACAUUGAAGAUGAUGGGAGAGAGUUACAGAAGCGAUAUGGUGGCUUUAUGAGAAGAGUGGGCAGGCCAGAGUGGUGGCAGGACUACCAGAAAAGAUACGGUGGGUUCAUGAGGCGCUUUGCAGAUUCUCUUCUUCCUUCAGAUGAAGAUGGUGAGAGUUAUUCCAAAGAAACCCCAGAAAUGGAUAAACGAUAUGGAGGAUUUAUGAGAUUUUAACCCUCUUGCCCCAAUUAUUGAAAAAGACUGCCUCAUUGACCAUAUUUUAUUGUAAUGUGUUGCCUGCACUGUACAGUUUUUUACUGUCCUAGUUAACAAUGCAACUUGUAAUCUGUCAUAUCAGGCUCAGUGUUCUUUAUAACUCAACAACAAAAUCUGUUUGUCACACUUAAGUUUAUACUGUAGGUAUUAUGCUGAAAAUAUUUUUGUUACUGUAUUUUUUUCUUUUGGACAGAAUACAUCUACCAAUGCUUACUGUAUAUA